ACAGACCCAAAAUAUGCCUUAUUUUUUUGUAUUAUAGCUAAUUAUUGUAUAAAUAAUUAAUUAAUUAUUUUGCAAUUUUGCUUCUAAUACUAUUAUAGUUGUAUUUUAAUGAAACAUAAUAGUAUUAAAACGGUUUUCUUCUUUUGAAAUAAUUUACUGCUAGUCCUGUUUCUAAUCGACUUUACUGGUGUAUUUUAAGCUUUUUUGUUGCUGUGCUUUUUCUGGAGAUUUUAGUUGGAUUGGAAAGCUCCUGUGUAAGGUACCCUUUCCUAAAGAAAUAUUGAAGUAAUUUGUACAAUUAUUACGCGCCGAGCUGUGUUUUAUUUUAUUGUUUCUAAGAAGAUGUAAGAAUACAAUAUUAUCAAUUUUAAUUGGUUUUAUCCAAAUCAAGACAAAAAUGAAUACUUUUAGAAGGUACAUGGUGUCUUCACUUCGACGUGCAGCGAAUCUGUACCAGAGGCGUUUCAUGUCCAUUGAAGCACAAUCGAAGUCUUCGAAAGGACAACACCUUCUGUUAAUCAUACCAAUUGCAUCGUUUGGUCUUGGAACAUGGCAAGUUCGAAGGUUAGAAUGGAAAAAAGGUCUUAUUAAAGAAAUGGAAGCAAAAACACAAAAAGAAGCUGUCCCUUUGCCACAUGAUAUUCUCACACCAACCAGGAUGGAAGAAAUGCAGUACAGACGAGUUAUUGUCCAUGGUAAGUUUGACCACAGCAAAGAAAUUUACGUUGGUCCUCGCUCUUUGAAUGCAGAUAAAGAAAGUAAAGGAGGACUGGUUAGUGGUAAACCAACAAGUGGUUAUCAUGUUGUGACGCCCUUUGUAUUGGAUUCGGGUGAAAGAAUACUGGUUAACAGAGGUUGGGUGCCUAAGGGAAAGAAAAAACCUGAUACUAGAACUGAAGGACAGGUUAUUGACGCUAUGCAGUUGACGGGUUUCGUUCGAAAAGGAGAAAAACGUCCGCCUUUUGCGCCAAAAUCGCGAGAGGACGGUUUUGACUGGCAUUAUUGCGAUGUGGAGAACUUCUCAAAGUUGUUAAACACUACACCGUUGUUGAUAGAUGCUGAUUCCGUUUCCACUUCACCGGGCGGUCCACUUGGCGGGCAAACACGAGUAAGCAUACGCAAUGAACACAUGCAGUAUAUUAUCACAUGGUAUUCACUUUCAGCUGCUACUUUUUUUCUGUAUUAUCAAAUGAGAAGAAAGCCUGGUGCAAUGUUUAGAGCUGGCCCUACUGCGCGUGAAUAGUUUAUUUUAUAUAAAACUUUGUUCUCUUUGGGCUGACAUGUAGAAAGAGCUGGUGAUUAGAGGAGUAUUGUGUGAACGGUAACAGACACAAUCCUGUACGUAAUACACAAUAUCAAUGUUAAUUUGAAAUUUAUUUAUACUAAGCGAACGCGCGCACUUUUAAUUUUCACGCUAGUCUAAUUUUCGCGCUCGUUACAAGUAGUGCGCUAAAAGAAGCUUUGUGUACGCAUUAAUAUAUUACGCAUGUUUUAGAAUUAAACUAUAUAACAUUAAAUUUUAUUUUGUGCCAGGAUUUCUUUCUUAUUGCAAAUCUUGGACUAAUAGCCAAAUGCGCUUAACACUAAUUUUCCUCAGCCAAUUGCAGCGACUCUGUGCGAAAAUUGGAUGUUCGCGAAAAUUUAAUGAAUUAAGGUAGUCGAUUAUUUAUUUAGUUGACGUCUACAACAGCUUAUCUGUAUCUGAUCUCAAACUAAAUUUCGAUUAAGUAGACAAUUAACAUCCAUAGAACUGAUAUCCUCCACUUAAAUUCGUUUUCUACAAUAAAUAACUUUUCCUUACUAAAAGUCUUCCGAAGGAAAACAAGUUUUAGCUAUACCUUAUCAAGGAGAAUUGUAAUCUGCAAAAACUUACGGCAUUGGCAGAUAAUUGCGGUAAGCUUUGCCAGACGAAAUUUUACUCGAUAACGUGUUCCGGGAACCUAUUGAUGAACUAGUAUUUCAAAUUUUAAAGUGCUAAAUAAAGAAAUUGUAUUUGUUGACUUAAAUACAAGGUGUUUGUUCAACACCAAAUUUUAGUAGAAUUUUUUAAAAUUGAA